GGGGCCCUGCUGGUGGCACUGGUGGUGCUGGGAGCCCCCCCGGCUGCGGGCGCGGAGCUCUCGGCGGUGUUCCUGCACAUGGGAAAGCAGGAAUGUUACUUCAUUAACGGCACGCAGAAGAUAAGGUCCGUGGAGACGCUCGUCUACAAUCGGGAGCAGUAUCUGGUGUACGACAGCGACGUGGGGCUGUACGUGGGGUUCAACCCGUACGGGGCCAUGAAUGCCAGGCGUUUAAACAACGACCCGAUGUGGCAGGAGUACCAAAGGACUUCGGGGGAGUGGUUCUGCAGAGUCUGGUACGAGGGGUCUACCCCAUUCAUCACGGAGCGCCGAGUGCCCCCCAGCUGGUCCAUCUCGCUGGUGCCCCCCUCGAGCUCACAGCCCGAUCCCGGCCGCCUGCUCUGCUCCGUGAUGGAUUUCUACCCUGCUGCCAUCCAGGUGAGGUGGUUCCAGGGCCAGCAGGAGCUUUCAGAGCAUGUGGUGGCCACCGACGUGGUCCCCAACGGGAACUGGACCUACCAGCUGCUGGUGCUGCUGGAAACGCCGCCCCGGCGCGGGCUCAGCUACAGCUGCCAGGUGGAGCACGUCAGCCUGGAGCAGCCCCUGAGGCGGCACUGGGAGAUGCCGCCGGACGCCUCCCGCAGCAAGAUGCUGACGGGAAUCGGGGGCUUCGUCUUGGGCUUCGUCUUCCUGGCGCUGGGGCUCGGCUUCUCCCUGCGCAAGAAGGUGAGGGCGGGUGCCGGGGGUGGCGUCCCCGCCGUGGCGGAGCGUGUGCGCUCCCAAACGGCGCUGCCAGAUGCAGAGAUCCAUGGGGACACAGAGAUCACCCAUCAGAUCCACGGGGAUGCAGAGAUCUCCCUGCAGAUCCAUGGGGAUGCAGAGAUCCCCCUGCAGCCCCCGGAGCAGCCACGCUGGAGCACGGCGAUGCCUGAGAGGAGGCUGUGA